UUCUAGGGAUCCUCGCUCUUGAGAGAAGCAAGGGGGCGAGAGAGAAAGAGAAGCAGCAGACCAGAAAACGCAGAGAAAGAAAAGAAAACAGAAACCAAAACACGAGAGAGGGAAGAAGAAGAAGAAUUUAAGGACGGAAUAGGUGCAUCCCAGCCGUCGAAACAAGAUGACUGAAUUCAUGGAUCUCGAAACCCAAGACGGCAUACGGAUGCCCUGGAACGUGAUCCCAGGAUCGAAGCAAGAAGCCUCCAACUGCGUCGUCCCUGUCUCUGCCAUCUACACCCCUCUCAAACCCAACAAUUCCAACCCUGUCCUCCCCUACGCUCCUCUCCGCUGCCGCACGUGCCGAUCCGUCCUCAACCCAUUUUCCACCGUCGAUUACCUGGCCAAGAUCUGGAUCUGCCCCUUCUGCUUCCAGCGCAACCAUUUCCCCCCUCACUACUCCUCCAUGGCCGAGGACAAUCUCCCAGCCGAGCUCUUCCCUCAGUACACCACCAUCGAAUACUGCUCUCCCGUAGAGGCACCGAUUCCCACGGUCCCGCCCGUCUUCCUAUUCGUCGUCGAUACCUGCAUCAUCGAGGAGGAGCUGGCAUUCCUGAAGUCCGCCCUCUCCCAGGCCAUCGAUCUCCUCCCUGACAACUCUCUCGUCGGUCUCGUCACCUUCGGGACCUUCGUCCAGGUCCACGAGCUUGGCUUCGGACAGAUCCCCAAAUCCUACGUCUUCAAGGGCUCCAAGGAGAUGACCAAGGACCAGAUCCUCGAUCAGAUGGGCUUCUUCUCAAAGAAGCCAAAGCCCGCCAUUGGCAUCGUUGCGGGCCUGCGGGAUGGGCUCUCGAGCGAGAGCAUCUCCCGUUUCCUCCUUCCGGCCUCCGAGUGCGAAUUCAUCUUGAGUUCGGUAUUGGAGGAGCUGCAGAAAGAUCCAUGGGCAGUCCCGACGGAUCAGCGAUCCACGAGGUGUACCAGCACUGCACUGAGUGUUGCGGCUAGUCUAUUGGGGGCUUGUGUACCGGGCUCUGGUGCGAGGAUCAUGGCCUUCAUUGGUGGGCCAUCGACAGAAGGACCGGCGGCUAUCGUGUCAAAGAAUUUAUCUGAUCCAAUUCGUUCUCACAAGGACCUAGAUAAAGAUUCUGCUCCCCAUUAUCAUAAAGCUGUUAAGUUCUAUGAUGGGCUUUCAAAGCAGCUAGUGAAUCAAGGGCAUGUGCUGGAUUUGUUCGCCUGUGCUCUUGACCAGGUAGGUGUUGCAGAACUUAAAGUUGCAGUCGAAAGGAGUGGGGGGUUGGUUGUGCUGGCGGAAAGCUUUGGCCAUUCUGUUUUUAAGGAUUCUCUCAAACACAUUUUUCAGUCCACUGACUAUGACCUUGGUCUAUCAUUUAAUGGUAUAUUCGAGAUUAAUUGCUCAAAGGAUGUCAAAGUUCAGGGCAUUAUUGGUCCUUGCGCAUCUCUUGAGAAGAAAGGUCCUCUGUGCUCUGAAACAGUCGUUGGCCAGGGAAAUACAUGUGCCUGGAAGAUGUGCGGUCUUGACAAAGCAACAACUUUGUGUUUAAUAUUUGAUAUUGUGAAAAAGGACAGCCCAGAUGCCAUCGGUCAGCCCACGAGCAAUCAAUAUUAUUUCCAGUUUUUAACUUAUUAUCAGCAUAGUGAUGGUCAAAUGAGACUUCGUGCCACAACACUUUCCAGAAGAUCUGUGGUUGGACCAGGAUGCAUGCAGGAUUUAGUAGCUGGAUUUGAUCAAGAAGCAGCUGCCGUAGUCAUGGCACGAUUAGUUUCUUUCAAAAUGGAAUCUGAGGCUGAAUUCGACCCAAUCAGAUGGCUUGAUAGGUCAUUAAUACGCUUAUGUUCUCGGUUUGGAGAUUACCAAAAAGAUAGUCCGUCGUCUUUUGGCUUGUCUCCACGUUUCUCAAUCUUUCCUCAAUUUAUGUUCCAUUUGCGACGGUCUCAGUUUGUCCAGGUUUUUAACAACAGUCCAGAUGAAACUGCAUACUAUAGGAUGAUCCUGAAUCGAGAGAACGUAAGCAAUUCAGUUGUGAUGAUUCAACCUUCAUUGAUAUCUUACUCCUUCCAUUCUAUCCCAGAACCCGUUCUACUAGAUGUGGCGGCUAUUGCUUCUGACAGGAUCCUCCUUUUGGAUGCCUAUUUUACGGUUGUCGUAUUUCAUGGGGUUACUAUUGCUCAAUGGAGAAAUGCUGGGUACCAAAAUCAAGCAGAUCAUGAGGCGUUUGCCCAGUUGCUGCGUGCUCCUCGUGAUGACUCAGAUGCAAUAAUCAAGGAGCGUUUUCCUGUUCCUCGCUUAGUCAUUUGCGAUCAAUAUGGCUCGCAGGCCCGUUUCCUCUUGGCAAAAUUGAACCCGUCAGCCACCUACAACUCUGACGCUCCACCACCUGGAGGGGAUGUCAUCUUCACCGACGACGUAAGUUUUCAGGUCUUCAUGGAUCAUCUCCAGAGGCUGGUGGUUCAGUAAUUGAUGUUUAAGAGGAAUAACAUCAGAACAGUGAAAGGACAGAGAAAGAGGUAAGGAGUGCUAGUUAGGGGGUGGCAACGGGUGAGUGGCUUUCUUGGCUGGGCUUUGGA